AUGACUGGGAGAGGACGAGAGCUAGCAGAUGUUUUGGAAAGGAGACGGAUAAAUAUAGCGUGCUUGCAGGAGACGAAGUGGAAGGGACAGAGAGCAAGAGAAAUAGGGGCGGGUUAUAAGUUUUAUUAUUGCGGCUGUGAUGGGAAAAGAAAUGGCGUAGGUAUAGUGUUAGAUAGAGAGCUCAAGAACAAGGUGAUGGAUGUGAAAAGAGUGAAUGAUAGAGUUAUUGCAGUAAAACUGUUGAUUGAAGACUCGGUUUUAAAUGUCGUUAGUGUGUAUGCGCCGCAAAAGGGAUGCGAUGACAGUAUGAAAGAAAGAUUUUGGGAGGAUUUUGAUGCGGUAAUAAUGAAAGUACCAGAGUGUGAGGAAAUAUACAUUGGGGGGGACUUUAAUGGACAUGUGGGAAGGAUGAAUGACGGGUAUGAGAGGGUGCAUGGGGGCAGAGGUUACGGAGUUAGGAACCGAGACGGUGAAGCUCUACUUGAAGCAGCCUUGGCUUUUGACUUAGCAAUAGCCAACACAUUUUAUCAAAAACGGGAACAACACCUUAUCACAUACCGUAGUGGUCUACACUCUACCCAAAUUGACUACAUUCUUUUAAGAAGAAACAGGCUAAAAUCGGCCAAGGACUGCAAGGUAAUACCGAGUGAGAGUCUCGUCUCCCAGCAUAGGCUACUGCUCCUGGACUUAACUCUGAAAGUUCAGAGUUUAAAUAAGAGCCCGAAGCCCCCAGUUAGAACGAAAUGGUACAGAUUGGAUGAUAGGGAGGUGGCUGCAGAAUUCCGGGAAAGAGUGGUUGGUAAAAUGAUAGAGAUGGGAGAUAUGGUGGGGAUGGGAGUAAACGAGUGCUGGAGUGAGAUGGCAACGUGGGUGCGAAGUGUGGCAAGGGAUGUCUUAGGGGAAACGAAAGGGAAAAGGAAGAUAGAGAAGGAUACAUGGUGGUGGAAUGAGGAGAUUUUGACGGACGAUGAGGAAAUAAAAGAACGCUGGAAGAGAUACUUUAAUAACUUGAUGAAUGAAGAAAAUGAAUGGAGCGGAGUGUUAGAAAAUGUACGAAGUAAUGAAGGAAUGGUGAAAGAGGUAAGUAUAGAGGAAGUGAAGAUGGCAGUGCAGAGUAUGAAGAAUGGAAAAGCAGUUGGGCUAGAUGGUAUACCAGCGGAAGUAUGGAAGUUUUUGAAGGCGGAUGGAUGGAAGUGGCUGACUUUAUUUUUCAAUAAGUUGCUGCAAGAAGAGGUCACACCCGAGGAAUGGUGCUACAGUUCACUGCUGUAA